UUCGCGCAGCACAUUUUCAUCCGAUCAAAGAAGAUGGCUGAAGACUCCAAGCAUGAUCAAGGGGAGCCUCUGACAUCCACAGACACUGAGAUUAAGAAGAUUAAGAAGAUCAAGAAACACAAAGGAGUCCUGUCUAGAUUAUGGGCAUCAGUUUUUGGCUUAGGCAGUAACGACUUCGAAAAGAGAUUGCGACAUAUAUCCAAGGAAGAGGCUGCUGUUCUUUCCAGAAUCGCAAGGCGCUGUCAAACUUCUCGGAGAACCACUAGGCAAUUUAUUAUACUCUCUGUUAUUUUAGAGGCAAUUGCAGUAGUUUACGCAAUGUUGACCACGCGAUCGUUAAACUUGAAUUGGCAUAUAAGGGCAUUGCGUGUCUUACCUAUGUUUCUGCUGCCAGUAGUAUUUUUCGUUACCUACUCAGCGUUUAGAAGCUACACAAAACUGCGUAAGUGUGACGCCAAGGACCACAAAACUUUGGAAAACCUCCAGGCCGAGAGACAGGCGAAAAUCAACGAACUGAAAGAAAAAACAAAUUACUACACAACUCAACAGCUUAUACAGAGGUAUGAUCCUGAUCCAGCAGCCAAAGCAGCGGCCGCCACUGUACUGGCGUCCAAGUUGGGUGCAGAGACUGGCCUGAAAGUAUAUCUGGGAGAUGAUUCUAACCACCCCAUCGCCACUGCCGGAAAUAGCAAUGAAGUGGAAGUUGCAGCAUCUAUCGGACUACGUAACAGAAAGCAGCCCCUCUCACAAACCUACAGCAUGGAAAGUGGAUUCACCGAUCAUUCUGAAGAAGCUAUGCUCACCCUGUCCAGAGUCGAGGGUGUGCGCAUGUCUCAGCCACACGCGAUGGUUGUUGAGCAUCAUCCUCAAUCAGGCCUGCACUCACAAGAUCAUGGAGGCUGGAUUGCUCGAGUUGCUGCAUUGCUCGUGGGAGAGGAUCCUACACAGUCCUAUGCUCUUAUAUGUGGAAACUGCCAUAUGCACAACGGGCUGGCGAGGAAAGAGGAGUUCCCAUACAUCACUUACUACUGCCCCCAUUGCAAUGCCUUGAAUAGGCAAAAGCAGACCGAUGAUCGUCUCUCUGGUACCAUGUCCCCCCCUCUAACCUCCAACGCAUCUGUGGUCUCAGAAGCUGAUGGAGGUUCAACGGCGGAUAAGGCCUCACCGAGCAGUAGUCCAACCGCUGCAGAAAUUUUCGAAAGUUGAAGGUAUCCAUUUCAUGGUUUGUGUUGUUUGUUUGUGUAUCACCUUACUAUCUUAUUUCUUCUCCUUUAU